AGAUUAUUACCUUAUGAAGACAUUUAUUUUCUUCUCUUUGGUCAUAUUAGUCUAAACCUGCUUCAGCUCUGAUUUCUUCUUCUGUGGGAAUUUCACAUUCAUCUUUGAGUUUUUCUGUCUCUGUUGUCGUAUCAGUGGCCCAGAUUAACGGCCCAAAGGCUGAGAAUGAUAACUGACCAAUCGUCUGCUCAGACAGUGGAGAGGGAACUACUGCAGAGAGGGAACCACUGCAGAGAGGGAACCACUGCAGAGAGGGAACUACUGCAGAGAGGGAACCACUGCAGGGAGGGAACUACUGCAGAGAGGGAACCACUGCAGAGAGGGAACUACUGCAGAGAGGGAACUACUGCAGAGAGGGAACUACUGCAGAGAGGGAACUACUGCAGAGAGGGAACCACUGCAGAGAGGGAACCACUGCAGAGAGGGAACUACUGCAGAGAGGGAACCACUGCAGGGAGGGAACUACUGCAGAGAGGGAACCACUGCAGAGAGGGAACUACUGCAGAGAGGGAACUACUGCAGAGAGGGAACCACUGCAGAGAGGGAACCACUGCAGAGAGGGAACUACUGCAGAGAGGGAACUACUGCAGAGAGGGAACUACUGCAGAGAGGGAACUACUGCAGAGAGGGAACCACUGCAGAGAGGGAACCACUGCAGAGAGGGAACUACUGCAGAGAGGGAACCACUGCAGGGAGGGAACUACUGCAGAGAGGGAACCACUGCAGAGAGGGAACUACUGCAGAGAGGGAACUACUGCAGAGAGGGAACUACUGCAGAUGGUUCAGAGCAACACUGAGUCCUUCCAGGUGGAUGUUUUUUUAACAAAGGUCAUAGAAAAUGUGCUGCGGCGUCACAGAGGUAAACCAUGGAGGCUACCGUCCUCAAUGAGGCUGUCACAGGUUCGAUUCCCAGCCUGGUGACUUUUGUCUUCCCUCUUUCUUGUUACCCACUUUCCUGUCUGACCAUUAUCAAAUAGAGACAAUAAAACCUUAAAAAAGAAGAAGGAAUGUUUAAUUUUUCUUCUAUUGAACCUGAUUUAACUGAUCAAUGUUCUGGUUCCGUAACCUCAGCAUGAAUCAAAGAGGAUCAUGAUAACAGUCUGUAUGGAUCUGUACCUUCAGGAGAUCAAGAGUCACUAAGAGAUCCUUGAAGAUCCCUGGGAUCCUCUGCACUCUGAGUUCAGAUUUCUAUCCUGAAGGUUUAUUGAUCCAAUUGAUACUGAAACCUUUUCCUCUUGAUCUGCUGGUUUUAAAUGAGUCCAGAUGAACGGACCUGUUGGGUUCUGGUAUCAUUUAGUAAAUAUCAGUCUUUUAUUCUCUCCUCUGGACAGUGACUGAUAUUGUUAUGGAUUAUCAAUCAUGGAUUAUUUCAGUUCAUCUCCUGACUGAACAUCUCUUCUG